GAAACAGGAGCCUCUGCAACCUUGGGGAAUUCAUUUGCGGUCGAUGUGGUGGAGCGUCUGGGCUUGAAAACUGUGUGGGACCCGAGUUCCUAUUGGAGCCAUUUUCUGGCCCAGGCCCUUCUGUGCCCCUGAGGGGAAGUCCACAGUGCCGGUGGAUCUGGGAGGCAUGUUCCAGAGCGCAGCAGCCAUCUCAGUGCACCUGCUGGGGCCACUCUCAGGAAAGAAGGCCAGAGGCUCAUUCGUCCGGUACUUGCACCAGACUUUCAUCAUGGCCAAACAGCUGCAGGCCCGAAGGCUGGAUGGGAUUGACCACAACCCCUGGGUGGAGUUUGUCAGACUGAGCAAUGAGUAUGACGUCGUGAACUUGGGUCAAGGUUUCCCUGACUUCUCCCCACCAGACUUUGCUCUGAAAGCCUUCCAGCAGGCCACCAGUGGGGACUUCAUGCUCAACCAGUACACCAUGGCCUUCGGUUACCCACCUCUGACAAAGAUCCUGGCAAGUUUCUUUGGCAAGCUGCUGGGACAGGAGUUGGAUCCACUCAAGAAUGUGCUGGUGACGGUGGGAGCCUAUGGGGCCCUGUUCACAGCCUUCCAGGCCCUGGUGGAUGAAGGAGAUGAGGUCAUCAUCAUAGAACCUGCUUUCGACUGUUAUGAGCCCAUGACACUGAUGGCUGGGGGUCGCCCUGUGUUUGUGUCCCUGAAGCCGAGCCCCACCACUGAUGGACAACUGGAUUCCAGAAGUGACUGGCAGCUGGACCCCACAGAACUGGCCAGCAAGUUUACAUCUCGUACCAAAGCCCUCAUCCUCAAUACACCCAACAACCCCCUGGGAAAGGUAUUCACCAAGAUGGAGCUGGAGCUGUUGGCCAGUCUGUGCCAGCAGCAUGAUGUCGUGUGUAUCUCUGAUGAGGUCUACCAGUGGCUGGUCUACGACGGGCACCAGCAUGUCAGCAUCGCCAGCCUCCCUGGCAUGUGGGAACGGACCCUGACCAUCGGCAGCGGAGGCAAAACUUUUAGUGCCACUGGCUGGAAGGUGGGCUGGGUCCUGGGUCCAGAUCACAUCAUGAAGCACCUUCGGACUGUACACCAGAACUCUAUCUACCACUGUCCCACCCAGGGCCAGGCUGCAGUGGCCCAGUGCUUUGAGCGGGAGCAGGAGCACUUUGGCCAGCCUAGCAGCUACUUCAUGCAGCUGCCGCAGGCCAUGCAACUCAACCGCGACCACAUGAUCCACAGCCUACGGUCCACGGGCUUCAAGCCCGUGGUGCCCCAGGGCAGCUACUUCCUCAUCGUGGACAUCUCAGACCUCAAGAGCAAGAUGCCAGACCUUCCUGGUGCUGCGGAUGAGCCCUUUGACAGUCGCUUUGUCAAGUGGAUGAUCAAGAACAAGGGCCUGGUGGCCAUCCCCGUCUCCAUCUUCUUCAGCCGGCCCCAUCAGAAGGACUUCGACCACUAUAUCCGCUUCUGUUUUGUGAAGGACGAAGCCACCCUCCAGGCCAUGGACCAGAGGCUGCAGAAGUGGAAGGCAGAGAUGGGGCCCUGAGGCCGCCCUCAGCCCUGACCCUCAGGAGCACCACAUAUGAAGAUGCCUGUCUUCACACUGUAGCCACGCCCUUAUGGUGGAGGAUGGCAUGGAAGAACCUUGCCUGAGAAUCACUAUGUUCCCAGGGAAGAGUCCCCUUGUUGCGGGGUGGGGUUGCAGCAGUCCCGCAUCUCCUGGCUCAGGUGCUGAGGGCCCUCUCCUGCUCUUCCCUGCGGCACUUACAGGGUCUUGGGUCUUUCUAAUCUCCGACUUGGCUUGGUCAGCAAGGGCAGAGUAUCAGGCCCGAGUCCCAGCCUUGCCUUAGCCCGAGCGGAGGCUCAGGGCCACCUCCACCUUUUCUAUGGACCUGAGGGAAUUGCUUCUGACUUCAGUCUUUUUGCUCCAAAUAAAGUUUUAAGUUAUUGAAACCCUA